AUGUCUGAACGAACAAUACUACCAAAUGUUAGUUCACAUUCAAGUUCCAACUCAAACUCGCAUUCUCACUUUCCUUCGCAUUCUCAACUGCCGAUAUCACUAACCACAACCAACUCCACUACAACCAACACCACCACUGCUACUGUUCCUGCUAAUAAUAAGAUUGAGGAGAUGGAUGACAUUAUCACCUCGCCAACAGCCAGCUUGCGCUCUUUAGCCACUGGCUCCAAAAACGAGUUCAACGCAGGGGCCAUACCGCGACCCGGGUACUACUCAAAUGACCAAUCGACCCCGAUUGAAAGUGUCAAAGUCAUCAACAAACAGAGCAUGCGAUAUGUGAUCUUGCUGGGUAUCGCAGGUGGGGUGGCAGGCAGUGCAGCAAAGACAUUGGUGGCGCCACUAGAUCGAAUCAAGAUUCUUUUCCAAACUUCCAACCCCGAGUUUAUCAAAUAUAGAGGCAAGACUAGAGGCUUAAUCGACGCCGGCAAGAGAAUCUGGCGCAAUGAUGGCAUAUGGGGCCUAUACCAGGGCCACUCGAUAACCUUGGUGAGGAUUUUCCCCUACGCUGCCAUCAAGUUUGUCGCGUACGAGCAGAUUCGACAGAUUUUAAUCCCCAAUGACCAAUACGAAACCGCCGGACGUAGGUUUAUGGCUGGCUCUUUGUCGGGGCUCGCCUCGGUGUUUUUCACUUACCCCUUGGACCUCAUUCGAGUGCGAUUGGCUUUUGAGACCAAGUACUUGCCCCAUUUGCAAGCUCACCCCGAUCAUUACAAGUUUGCCCAUAAUCACCGCGGAAGAAUUUGGCAAAUAGUCAAGUUGAUCUACGGCGAGAACCCACCUGUUCGCAGUAAAGACCCAGAAUGGUACAGAUUGAUGAGAAAUUUGUUGCCCGAGCGCAUCCAGCGCAUUUCCAACUUCUACCGCGGUUUCGCUCCGACGAUAAUGGGGAUGAUCCCUUACGCUGGGGUAAGCUUCUACACUCAUGAUUUGUUACACGAUAUAUUGCGGUCGAAAUUUUUCAAAAAAUUCACCGUGCAGCAAAAUGCCCCACCGCUGCCUCGUGUCGCUGGCAAGGAGUUGACGCGCGAGUCACGUGCCCCGCUCAAGGCAUGGGCCCAGCUAACUGCGGGUGGAUUAGCUGGGUUAUUCUCACAAACGGCCGCGUACCCGUUCGAAGUCAUUAGACGCCGAAUGCAAGUUGGCGGCGCCGUUAACGGCGGCAAGUUUUUGACGUUUAAGCAGACUGCCAAGUUGAUAUACCAUGAGAACGGGCUCCGGGGUUUUUUCGUGGGGUUGAGCAUCGGGUAUAUGAAAGUUGUGCCUAUGGUUGCAUGUUCGUUUUUCGUCUAUGAACGAAUGAAGAAGUUCUUGGGGAUCUAA